AUGGCCACUUUCCCCGACUGGCAGAGGAGCAACGAGUCCUUCCACGCCUACGCCCUCCGCACCGGUCUGUCUCCGACCAGCACAGUCUACACAGGCACGGCCUACGAAUACCUCGCAAAGUCUACCCUCCAACCGUAUGGGUUCAACCUGCAUCGAGUGGGUGGCAGAGGCGACCGUGGCGUCGAUCUUGUAGGUGUCUUGGAGAUACCAGUCUUGUCACGUUUGGGCGACUGGAAAGAGAAGAAGAGCAAUGCGGCCACAUACGAGCACGAUUUUCUGGGACCCGAAGAGUUCAAGGGAGUAGAGACCCACCAACUGAAGUUGCUCGUCCAGUGUAAACGGCUGGCGGGCAGGCAUGCAAGGAUUGGGCCCAAUUUGAUUAGGGAAUUGGAUGGAGCUAUAAGAGCGGCAAGAAGCGCAACCCUGGUUGACAUGAUCUACCCUCAAACCAAGGCAGCGGGCACGACAACUGAAGAUAGGCAUCGUGGGAGCAAUGCUGGCGAAGAAACACGAGAGUCAAAUCUGAGCGCGGGGCCGGCCAUCGGCGUCCUGGUAGGCACGAGGCCGGCGACCAAGGGCGUAGUGGACAGCAUGAGCCGGUCGACUCGCGGCUUGGUCUGGAUCAUGAUGGAAGAAGUCGCGGAUCAGGACACAGGUGGAAAAGAAAUACGACCCCCAAGUCGAAGUGAAUCGAUGUCACCACUGCACAGCGACAUUUCACCUCCAGAUACAGGGGAAUCACCUUCGGACUCAGAACCAGAACCAGGGAGAAGCUCGGGGCCUCCAGGAAAGCCUCCCCACUCCGCUGCGAAUUUGAAAGGCCGCAUCAAGCAGAUCCUUUGGAACCAAGCCGCCCGUGAAGCGGGGCUAGAAGGCGUGGACGUGGUGAAGCGAUAUGAUUCGGAAGGCAAAGAAGAGGUAGUCCUGAUGCGUGGAGGACGAGUUUGGGGUGGAAGUUGA